AUGGGCAUUGAUUUUAUUUUCACUUGGUAUCAACAGAAAAUCGGUGCGUAUGAUAAGCAAACAUGGGAAACAAAACUCGAGCAAAGGGAACAGAGAAUAUACAGAUUGAAUCACAUACAAACGAGAAGCGCAAAACCCAACACAGAUUUGAUAGAUAUUGAUUUGGUUAGAGGUUCAUCUUUUACCAAGCCAAAACCGAAGCAUGGGUUCAUUAAAGUAGCCAAACUAGCCACUUUACGGUUUUUAUUUUACCCGUUUUAUGGAAAAUGGUGGAUCGAGCAAACAUCGAAAUAUAUUUUUUUCAUUUGCCUCGUCAUUUACAUUCUACAAUUCAUCAAUAUCAUCAUCUAUGGCAUCCACACGUCGUUGGCCAGUUGUUCAGAAGCAUUUUCUUGCAUGGAAAUCAUAAUACCCAUGAUGAUGCUUUGGAUCUUGUGCUUGAUUCACUCCCAAAUAAUCGCCACGAGCCCCAAUAAUGACAUUAUCGAAACAUCGAGACUGAGGCAAUGUGAUCUCCGAAAACAUCACAACAUCAACAAAAAACACAAAUCGGAUUCCAGCGAAAAAACUCGAAUGAAAAGAGACAAAUCCAGCAAAACACCAAAGGAAAAAUCACCUAAAAACGAAUCGUCUGAGCUUUCUAGUCAGUUAAAUGAUAAAAAAUCGAAUAGCAAAACUGUAGAUACCGUGGAAACGUUAAAUAACGCAAACGGUUAUAGCUCGGAAUCCGAAAGCGAAACUAACCCACUACUCCUCCACCGUAGAAAAUUCUCGAACCCAGUCAAAACCAAGCAUAUACCCACCAUAAGGGUAACCCCGCAGGAAACUCGCUGCGAUACCGACGAGGAGGUGGCCCCUUCCUCGCCGGAGGUGAAGCAAACCGAACGAUCUCUGGGCGAUCUCACGUCCUCCGCCACCGAUUGGAUGGGGGUCACGACCAACAGCGACUGCAGCUACAGCUCCGACAUGGAGAAUUUGUCCGAUGCUCAAAUCGACGAUGAGAAAGAUGGCAUGUUCGAUAACGAUUCGGCGCCUACGGGGAUUUUGAACCCCCCUUCGGCUAGAGUGAGCUGUAUAAUUUGGGAGAAGAACGAUAUGAAAAAAGCGUACUUGAGCAUGCUCGAAAUAAGCUCGGUGAUCAUCGGAAAAGUGGAUUUGAUGCCUGAGAGCAGGGAUUAUUUUUAUUUCGGGUUAAUCAUGUCCACGGUACUGGCGUUUUUGCCUGUUAUUUGCAAACUGUCCAGCAUUCCUUCCAAUAACAUAGUGGAACUGAAGCAUGUUAUCGAAUACCUCCACGUAAACGUAACCAUUGAAAUGCCUGGUAAAGAACACUUACUGAGGCUGCACCAGUUUGUGUUCGAAGGAGUUUUAUUCGGAAUUAAAAAUUGGUUAAUGAGCAUGUUCGAAUGUAGCUCCAGGGAAUAUCUUAUAAUGGGGAUAGCUUUAGUCCAACGUUGGAUAUUGGCCUCAAUGAUAUUUUUUUUGCUAGCUGUUGCAGAGAGGGCGUUUAAGCAGCGGCUUUUGUACGCGAAACUGUUCUCGCACUUGACGUCGUCGCGUCGGGCGAGAAAAUCCGAAAUACCGCACUUUCGAUUGAACAAAGUGAUCAACAUCAAAACGUGGCUGUCGGUGCGGUCCUAUCUGAGGAAAAGGGGCCCCCAGAGAUCCGUCGACGUUAUCGUAUCCACUGCCUUCGUCGUGAAUUUGUUGAUUUUGACCUUUUUAUGCGUUGAAGUGUUGAAGGAUACUCUGUUCCUUUCCCAGUAUUAUUUGGAGAUGCUAGUGUGGUGCGUCGGCUUGGGUAUAAUCCUGCUGAGGUUUAUGACUCUGGCUACAAAAAUUAAUAAAAAAUACAGAAAUUUAUCCGUGUUGAUUACGGAACAAAUCAAUUUGCACCUGCAAAUCGAGCAAAAGCCGCACAAGAAGGAUACAUUGACCGUUGCGAAUAACGUCCUGAAGCUUGCCAUUGAUCUCUUAAAGGAAUUGGAAAGCCCGUUCAAAAUAUCGGGGAUAUCGGCGAAUCCUAUUCUCUACAAUUGCACCAAAUUGGUGAUAUUGUCCGCCCUAUCGGGCGUCUUCUCCGAGAUGUUGGGAUUCAAGUUAAAGUUGCAUAAAAUUAAAUUGUAA